AAAACAAAUUCCCCAUCAGUACACAACAGUUGGUGCAAAACAGAGCAAUUAAAUUUGCUCACAAUAGAAGCUUUCGCGCUUUCCCAUCGUCUGUCUGUCUGUUGUACUCACUCACUCCCACACUCCCAAACACACCUUUUUUCCCCUUCUUCGCCUCACCAUCAUCGGGGCUGGGAGAAAAACACAUGCUCAAUAGAGCUGACAAAAGUCAAACUAUGCCUCCAAAAUCUGUAAAGGGCUCAUUGUUUGCUAGAAACUUGGGCAAGAGCCAGCUUGGAGGUGUCAUUUUUGGAUGCAAGAAUGGCACUAUGAAUGAAUGUCUCUCUAAACAAAUCUUUGGCUUACCAACUCCGCACUUCCUGUAUGUAAAAAAUAUCGAUCCUGGCUUGCCACUUUUUCUUUUCAACUAUGAUGACAAGAAACUUCAUGGAAUAUUUGAGGCUGCUAGCUCUGGCCAAAUGUAUAUUAACCCAUAUGGAUGGACAACUGAUGGUUCAUGCAGAACUCAAUACCCUUCUCAGGUUCAAACCCGUGUUCGUCUACAAUGCCAUCCACUGCAUGAAGAAAAGUUUAAGCCAAUUAUUUCAGACAACUACUUCACUCAAAGCCGUUUCUGGUUUGAGCUUGACCAUGCACAAACAAGCAAGCUGAUGUCAUUGUUUGCAUCUUCACCAGUUGUUGGUACUUCUAUACCGAACAUUUCAGCAAAAUGGAGACCUGUUAAGAAAUCUAUGUCGUUGUCUGAAAGAAGAGAUGAUGAGUAUAAAACACUUGCUUCAGAGGUUGAACAUCAAUUAAGUUGCAGUUCUAAUUCCACGGGUGAUAUUUCUUCUUUAGAUGGCAAGAACAAGCUUCUAAAAGAUCAACGGAACACGAACGUAGUGGAACAAGCUCAGAAGGAUCUUAUAUUCCAGCAACUGCAGGAACUGAAUAUUAACCAUGAACCUAAAGAUCUGUCUUCAAGUGAUUGGGCACAAGGUUCUACUGCUAUGAAUGUCGAUUUCACGGAGAACAAAGAUUCUAAUGAGGAACAAUUAGGUAUAGAAGAGAAGAAAGAGGAACCUUCUUGUGCCUCAUCUGAUUCCAAGUCCAUUAUAGCUCAGUUGAUUCAAGGGAUGGAGGAGCUUAAUGCCUUUAAAAGCGAGCAAACUCUAAAGAUAUAUAAUAUGGAGCAGAAGCUGGUUGAGGCUGAAGAACAAAUUAAACAGUUGAAAGAUCGUUGUAUGAUGUUAGAGUCUGCGUGUAAUCUUUCCUUUACAAAUAACAAUGAUACAAUGAGUAAUUCUUUUGAUGAGCUGCAUUUGGAUCCUUUGAAGUCCAUUUUCUUGAUGGGGGGGUAUGAUGGUGAAUCUUGGUUAGCUGCUUUAGAUUUAUAUUUUCCUUGUCAAGAUGUUUUGAAGUCCUUGAGGCCAAUGCACACUGCUCGUUCAUAUGCUUCCGUUGCACGGUUUAAUGAUGAAAUUUAUGCUUUUGGUGGUGGCCAUUGCAAUUUGUGGUACGACACAGUUGAAUCAUACAAUCUAGCUAUUGAUCAGUGGACUUUGCGCCCUUCCUUAACCAAGGAAAAGGGAAGUCUAGGUGGUGCAACUUUGAAUGACAAAAUAUUUGCAGUUGGGGGUGGUAAUGGAGAUGAAUGCUUUUCGGAGGUUGAAAUGCUUGAUUUGAAUGUUGGAAGAUGGAUUCCCACUAGAUCAAUGCUACAAAAGCGAUUUGCUCUUGCUGCUGUGGAGCUUAAUGGGGCACUUUAUGCUACUGGUGGAUUUGAUGGGAAUGAUUAUUUGAGUUCAGCUGAAAGAUUUGACCCCAGAGAACAUUGUUGGACCAGAAUUUCAAACAUGAACACGAAGAGGGGAAGUCAUUCAUUGGUUGUUCUGAAUGAAAAAUUGUAUGCUCUGGGGGGCUAUGACGGUAGUACAAUGGUUCCAAGCAUUGAGAUAUUUGAUCCACGUAGAGGCAUGUGGGAAAUUAGAGAGCCAAUGAACAAGUGUAGAGGAUAUUUUGCUGCUGCUGCUGUUGACGAUUCUAUAUAUGUGAUCGGAGGGAUCAAAUCUGGCGAUAUCAUUGAAGAAACGGUUGAACUUUUCAAGGAGGGGGAGGGAUGGCGAGAGUUAAAGACUCGGAGGAGAAGAUGUUUCUUAUCAGCAAUUGUUUAAAGAAAUGGCUGUUAAUAUUAGAGGGUUACAAAUUCAUUAGAGUGGGCAUCAGGAGGAGGUUCAUUUUUGCAUGCGGUGUCAGACAUUCAUUAGGGGAAACUUCAAUCUAAUCUUCAGUGUUUGCAGUCAAUUCAUAGUAGAACCACUAUUAUUUUUGUCUCCCCUUGCUUCUUUCAGUAUGGCAGCAACACUUGUGUAUUGCUAGCGCGACAAAGUUUUCCACAACUCAGGUUGGCAUCUCUAUUUUCUUUUAUAAUUUUUGACACACAUUAGUAUUAGUUUAAAGUAAAUAUUUGAUACUUUGUUAAGAGUUCUUUGCCCCCUGGUCAUAUAAAUAUACUCUCUUAUAUUGAAACCAUUGGAGCUUAUGUUAUCUUUUUUAAUCUGAGUAUUAUGAGCUGAGUCUAUUGAAA